CACAAACACAAGCACACCAGAGUAGGGAGACGCAGGACGCACAGAGCGACAGAGGAGGGAGACCUCGCCCGGUCGCUCCACCCCUCGCCCACAUCACUUCGUCUCUCUGGUCGCAUCCCACCCCACACCCCUCCUCUCCCAUCUCCGCUCGAUCUCCCAUUCUUCCUCGUCUCCGCCGCCGUCUGCCCCACCUCCAACCAACGCCCAACGAUCAGUAUUCCAGAAGCUUCCCCGGCAACCUUCGUCCCCGUCCCGGAUCCGGGGCGCCCCUGAUGCGGUGCCCGCGCGGCGCGAUCGCGUGACGGACGGCCGCCAUGGAUCCCCCAGGCCGCGGCGACCAAGGCGAGGCGCCGCAGCCGCAGCCGCUGGAGUGGCGGUUCGCUCAGGUCUUCGGCGAACGUGCCGCGGGCGAAGACGUCCAGGAAGUUGACAUCAUAUCUGCAAUUGAAUUUGACAAAUCUGGUGACCAUCUUGCCACUGGGGAUAAAGGAGGACGUGUGGUUUUAUUUGAAAGGACAGAUGUUCGGGAUCAGAAUGCCAGCCAGAGAGAACUGGAGAGACAAGAUGUUCCAGUUACUAGACACCCAGAGUUCCGCUACAAAACUGAAUUUCAGAGUCAUGAACCUGAGUUUGACUACCUCAAAAGUUUGGAAAUAGAGGAAAAGAUCAACAGGAUCAAGUGGUGCCAGACAGCCAACAAUGCUCUCUCCCUUUUGUCUACAAAUGAUAAAACAAUAAAAUACUGGAAGGUUCAAGAGAAGAAAGUAAAACGAUUUGCAGUCAUGAAUUUGGACAGUUCCCAAAGUGCAGGAAGUAGUACCACUGCUAUUGCAAGUACCAGUAGUUCUAAGGCACCUCUUCCAAAUGGUGGAUGCUCUGAUAUGCUUGGUUGCCUGAAUAAUGAUCUCACAUUUCCUCCUGGAGGCUACCCAUCACUGCGUUUGCCAGUUGUUACCAGUCUAGAAGCAAACCCUGUUGCUAGAUGUCGACGUGUAUUUGCUCAUGCUCACGAUUACCAUAUAAAUUCUAUUUCAAAUAAUAGUGAUGGUGAGACAUUCAUAUCAGCAGAUGAUCUCCGAAUAAAUUUAUGGAACUUGGAAAUAAACAGCCAGAGCUUUAACAUUGUUGAUGUGAAGCCUACAAACAUGGAAGAUCUAACAGAGGUGAUUACAUGUGCGGAGUUCCAUCCAUCCCAUUGUAAUACACUGGCCUAUAGUAGUUCAAAGGGUUCUAUCCGACUUAUUGAUCUGCGUCAAUCAGCACUGUGUGACAACCAUUCAAAAAUAUUUGAGGAACAUGAAGCACCUGGAUCAAGAUCCUUCUUUACAGAAAUUAUUGCAUCAAUUUCUGAUAUAAAGUUUUCAAGGAAUGGCAAAUAUAUUCUUAGCCGUGAUUAUAUGACGCUCAAGCUAUGGGAUCUAAACAUGAAUUCAGGCCCUGUUUCAACCUUCCAAGUCCAUGAACAUUUAAGACCUAAGCUCUGUGAUCUGUACGAGAAUGACUCAAUUUUCGACAAGUUUGAGUGCUGUCUUAGUGGGGAUGGACUUCGUGUUGCAACUGGUUCUUAUGGUAAUAUAUUUCGUGUUUUCGGUCGUCCUCCGGGAAGCAUAGAGGCAACAACUUUGGAAGCAAGUAGGAACCCAAUGAGGCGUCAGAUUGCAAAUCCAGCAAGGCCCACACGGACACUAACUUCUUUUGCCCGUGGUGUUCGGAGAGGUGGAGAAAAUCAAGGCGUUGAUGCUAAUGGGAAUUCACUCGACUUCUCAACGAAGCUGCUCCACCUCGCAUGGCACCCGACCGAGAAUUCUAUUGCAUGUGCUGCUGCAAAUAGCUUGUAUAUGUAUUAUGCGUAGAGAAUGCCCUACAGAAAAUUUGUUUUUUUUGUGGCUUGCUCUCGGCGAAGGCCCAGGGCCCUUCAACUGCAACCAGAGAGAUGGUGCAGGACAUUGUUGUCAGUUCACCCCUUGGGGCCAGAAGCCGCUGAUGUCCACAAGAUCACCAAUGCUGUGCUAACAGACUGCGCCCUGUUGAUUCUUUAGUACAUGUGUAAAUUAUAAUUCUAAACAUGGGAAGUUUUGAUCCAAAUAUUCAAUCGUGGCAGUUGUAUUGGGAGUCGGUGGAAGGGACAUAUCGAAGAUAAAAUUCUGUAUUGGAUUUGCAGGACAUGCAUUGCAAUGGUGUAGUAUGACUGGCAAUCCUUAUCAUGUAAUACCACCUAGACAGGGAUAAUGUUGUUUAAUGUCAGAAAAUGAUAGAUAUUUCCCAGUUAUUGUCGUUACUCAUCAUAGUUAUCCUUCUAUUAGUUGUACUGUUAAAAUAAGGCAGCACCGUUAUAAUUGUGCUUUUUCUUUUUCUGAA